AUGUUUCUUAGACGCAACCGCGACGAGACGAUCAGAGAUGAUCCAAUUCAUACCUGCAACCUUGUACACUCUCGCGUGAUUGACAUGGCACCAAGUGCGACGGAAGAAGGUGAAGCAGAAAUUAUGAGCGACGCAAAGAAAAAGGAGAAAAAAGUUUGGUCAAAGCCACCGAAAAUUGAUACUUCCGCCAUCACCGGUAUUCGAGCAAUUACGGCGAUUCAAAUCGCGUCUGGACACUGGUUACUAUUUUAUGGCUCCAAAAAUCAAGUGCCAAUCGAUUUUCAAGGAGGUCUCGCAGUGAGUACCUUCUUCAUGAUUACUGGAUUCGUUUUAUACGUGGGAUAUCGGCAUAAAGUCUGCGAUACCGAGACGUUCUCUUAUUGGACGUUUAUCAAACGACGAUACGCUCGUGCCUUGCCUCUGCACUGGAUAUGUUUAGUUUUGUAUGCACCAUUUGUGUUCUUAAAUUACGCGCAAAUAAGAGACGAUUAUAACUUUUGGCAAAAUAAAAGCGGAGAAGUCAAUCUUAUUAUGGGUAUUGCUUUAACGCCUUUCUUGAUGCACUCGUGGAUUUUUUCGCUCUGUUACUGGAACUCCGUGUGCUGGAGUUUAUCUUGUCAGCUCGGCUUUUACUUUUGCUUUCCGUGGAUGUGCAGAAAACUUGCGAGUUUGGAGGAGAAGAUCGAAGAACAGGCUGCUUCAUCAAUCAACAAGCGCUCUCUCGUUGACCGAAUCAAACAGAGACUAUUUUUCCGUGGCGGUGGCGGAGGUGGCGAGGAGACUGUUGAAAACAUCCACAACAGCAUUGACAAAACUUUGCUCCUCUCGGCUGAAUUGGCUGGUUAUAAAAAGUAUAUCCUUCGAUUCUACCACCUUUCGUCUUUCUUACCGCUCACCCUGAUGGGUAUCAUGAAUUCCACGUACUUUCGUAACAUUUGGAAGGAUAAAGAUUUCAAUGGUCGCGCCUCUACUCUGGUCACCGCAUUGGAUACAGAUCUGGACGGAGUUCGGGCAUACUUUUGCGCACGAGCUUGGUUUCCUGUUCGCCUGCCUCUAUUUUUCAUGGGAAUGCUCUUGGGUGCUGCAAGAAUGCGUGUCGAUGACGCCCUCAAAGUGGAACAACAGGAAGAAGAGGCGGGAGAAGCGAACCAAGCUGACUCGUCAACCUCAUCGUAUCGGGGAAAAUGGGCCUUCCGCACGGACGUUCUCAGCCUCUUUCUCACCAUCUGGAUCAUCACCAGUAUGGUUUUCAGCGGUAUUCACACCGACUCAAAAAAUAUCCGCAUAUUCAACGAGUUCAUUCUCACCCUCCCGGUCGCCGCGUGGCUGUUUGGUCUCACCGCCUGCACCGAAUCCUACUCCUACCGAUUGUUAAAUUUGAAAAUCCCGCAACGCAUCGGUCAGUGGUCCUUCGCAAUAUACUUGCUCCAGUUUCCGUUCUAUUCGUACUGGACCGCGAUGGAAAUACACUCCAUGAACCUUUUCCCUCCGUGCGAUCGACAAGCCGAACAUAUUCGCACGUGGUCGGACUGUUUUCGAAAUUACGAGGGCGGAGAUGACCCCAGAUACCCCGAUGUAAUCGUCAUCGCGUUCGUAAUAAUGCUCGUCGGUUUAUCUGCGAUUGUUCACGAGUACGUGGAGAAACCUACGACGAAGUGGGUGCAAAAUUUAGUCGGUUGA